ACACAUUAGUCUACAAUUGUUGAAGACACAUAGUUUACGGGAGUAUGGCAAAAUUGUGUUCAUACAUAUUGAGUAAAGUAAAUGUUGAAAAUAUAGUGCAGUCAAAUAGUUCCUUCAUUGAGCAAACCUACUUAAUGUAGAAAUAUUUUAUUUCAGGUCUGGGUGAGCAGUACUGGGUCUAUGGAACGAAUGCCGAUGUGGUGUCCGCCCACGCCCCCGUCCGGCGACGGCGACGUGUACUGCGACAGCUGGGCGCGCGCCCUGUACCGGCGCGGGCCCGCGCCCGACUCCGCGCUGCCCGCCGUCCAUCGCCGCGAGCCCCGCGCCCGCGAGCCGCGCCGCCUCCGCGCCCCGCCGCGCGCCACGCACGCGCCGCCCUCGCUGUUCGAGCGCGCCGGCCCGCGCCCCCGCGCCCGCGCCCGCGCCCCGCCGCCCCACCCGCCCGGCGGCCACGCGCCGCAGCCCGACUGGGCCGCCAGCGAGGACGCCGCGCUGCGCCGCGCGCUGCGCCUGCAGCGCCUGCCGGCCGAGCCGCCCGCCGCGCUGCAGCCCAACUGGGACUGGGUGGCCGAGCUGGUGGGCGGCGCGGCGCGCGCCUACCGGUCGCCGCGCGCCUGCCGCGACCGCCACGACGCGCUGGCCGACCCCGACCGCGCGCGCCGCCGCCACCGCCGCCCGCCCGCCGCGCGCCGCCGCCUCGACGACGACGCGCCGCGCCCGCCGCUGGCGCGCCUCGACGCCAUGCGCGACGCCACCGAGCGGCGCCGCGCGCAGCCCAAGCGGCGCCACGACGAGCAGACUCCGCACAACCCCAAGCACGCCGCGCUGCUGCACGAGCACGGCGUGGACUACGACACGCCGCCCACGCCCAUGGACGUCGCCACGCGCCGCGCCGAGCGGAUCGCCAAGGAGAAACUCAAGGCGGGCAGCGCGGCCGCCGCGCCCGCCGCGCCGCCCGCGCCGCAACGCAUCGUCGUGGCCGCGCCCGCCGCCAAGGCGGAAGCGCGCCGGGUCCGCCCGUCCGCCGAAGGGGCGCGGCCCCCGGGCACAGCCCCUGUUCCAGGGGGCGCAGCCGCGCAGACUCAGUUGUUGUAUCGUCAGCAGACUUUCCCUACUCGUCAUCUCAAAAUACUACAUCAGACUGCCACACACGCUCAGAGCGGCAGCAGUGCAGGACCGAGUGGCGCAGGCGGCGCCCCCGCUGGAGAAGGCGCGCCCCCCGCGGGCGGCGGGGGCGGGGCCGGGGGGGGGGCCGGGGGCGCCGCGGCCGCGCCCGCGCUGCGCAAGCUGCAGCUGCAGCAGGUGGCCGUGCGCCGCGCGCCGCCCGCCGGGGGCGCGGGGGGCGCGGCCGGGGGCGCCGCCCCGCGUCUACUGUCGGCGCGCGCGCCCCCGCACGUCGUGGUGGCGCACCUGGCGCCCCCCGCGGAGCGCGCCCCGCGCCCGGAUUCCAGACAAUAA